GUGACAUGGUUCCAAGCACCAUUGCAGGGAAGAUCUUUGGAUCCAUCUGCUCCCUAAGUGGGGUGCUGGUCAUCGCCCUUCCUGUACCUGUCAUUGUUUCCAACUUCAGCCGUAUCUACCACCAGAAUCAGCGGGCAGAUAAGCGACGAGCUCAGCAGAAAGUUCGCCUGGCCCGAAUACGACUGGCCAAGAGUGGCACUACCAAUGCUUAUCUUCAGUACAAGCAGAAUGGAGGCCUUGAGGACAGAGAUCCUGAUGCACAUGCCUUGGCGGUGCGCAACCGAUCAGCUUUUGAAAAACAGCACCACCAUCUCUUGCACUGCUUGGAGAAAACUACAGUGAGUAAUAGGAAGAUGGGAUCAAAAACGGGAAUACUCAAAAAAGGGAGGAAUGGAAGGAAUUUGGGAAACGGAAGUGGGACUGGUGGGUGA